GUUUGCGGCACAGAGAAUCAAGAAUCUGUAACCUGGACAAACAGAAGCCAGACUUCAGUCCACAAAUCCAUCUAUCAUCGCUAUGGGAAUUAUACCGUUUUUCUUCCAAAACGAAGCGCUUAUCCCCUACUACUUGAAACCCGUGCACUCAGGGGCACAGACUAUAAUAAGCUGUCAUUGGACGGAAUUUGUGCACUGAAAGGAGAGAUCCAGCAAAGGUACAAUACCUUACACAAUGUGGGUGUCCUGUUAUUGACGCGGAGAUGGUUAUACUUCAUCUAUGAAGUGCAAAAGUAACAGAUGUGGACCCGGGCAUAUUUAAAAGAGUGAUUCGACUGGGACAAUGCUUGGGAAAAUGUCCAUCAAUGUGUCGCUCCUGCUGCUGUGCACUGUGGUCGGUGACUUCUUAACCCAUGCACUGACCCCCAGCCCGACCACAGAGAAGCCUUUGUCUUCUCGACACUACCACCACAUCGACCCCAACACUGGGAACAAGCUAGUGUGUGACAAGUGUCCGGCGGGCACCUAUGUGUCCUCUCACUGCUCUGAGGCCAAUGUGCGGGAAUGCAGCCCCUGCCCGGAGGCCACCUUCACCCGGGGUGAGAAUGGGGUGGAGCAGUGCCACCUUUGCCAGAGACGCUGCCAAGCCCCUUUUAUUGAGAAGACACCUUGUAGGUCCACCACCGAUCGGGUAUGUGUGUGCCCGCUGGGCAGCUUCUCCCAGGGUGGAAUGUGUCAGAAGUACUCGUUAUGUCCUCACGGGUGGGGCGUCAGAAAGCGAGGAAGUGAGACAGAGGAUGUGCGUUGCCGCCCAUGUCAGCGUGGUACCUUUUCUAACAUGGCCUCAGAUUUUCUGAAGUGCCGAGCUCACACAGAUUGCCAGUCUCUGGGCUCAAUGCUGCUUAUCAAGGGCAACGAGACAACAGACAACGUGUGUGGCCAAAUUCCAGAAAGUUCCGUCUCUGUCCUACUUGGAGAGGCCUCAAGCACGGCGUCAGCACAUAUAGCAAGUACUGCAGUCUUACCAGCUUCGGAGUUUCAGGAUGUAGCAGGGCUGGUCUUCAAUAGCAGUGAGACUGCCCUCGACUCUGUAGACAUUCCCACAACCACAGCUUCCUCAAAGUACAGUGGUGAGAAUGGAGGACUCCUAAUCGCUGCAACUCAGGACCUGCCUAAAAGGCAACACAAGCUCUCCUUAUCACGGGACCACCAAAUGGCCAACCAGCAGGCCAUGGAGACGCUGUCUGAGGACAAGAUACAAGGAUUGGGCUACCGGCCCAUCCGCAGGGGUGCGCCAAGGCCCAGCACGCACAAGCACUUUGACAUCAAUGAGCACCUACCCUGGAUGAUAGUUCUGCUGCUUUUGCUGGUGCUGGUGGUCAUCGUAGUAUGCAGCAUAAAACGCAGCUCACGGGUGCUAAAGAAGGGUCCCAGACAGGACCCAAACAGCAUUAUGGAGAAAGCCAUCCACAAUAAUUCCAGCUCUCCAACACAUACCAAGGAGAGGUGGAUUUACUAUUCAAAUGGCCAGGGUGUUGACAUCCUGAAGCUGGUGGCUGCACAGAUCGGCAGUCAGUGGAUUGACAUGUACAAGUCUUUGGCCAAUGCCACAGAGCGAGAGGUGGCUGCCUUUUCUAACAGCUACUCAGAAAAUCCCGAGAGGGCAUAUGCUGCUCUGCAGCACUGGACCAUACGUGACAGUGAUGCUAACCUGGCUAAGCUAAUCAAUGCCCUUCACCGCCAGCGGCGUAUUGACGUGGUGGAAAAGAUCCGGAGUUGCAUGGAAGACAAUCCUCAGGUUGACCUGAACACACUAAUGAUGGCUGUGAAUGUAAGCCAUUUUCUGAGCCCCAGCCAUAAGCCUUUAGAGUCACCUGGUGUUGUGCUGGAGCAGUCCCCGAUGGAGCGCACCAAGGGGUUCUUUACUGAUGAAUCUGAGCCGCUGCUGCGUUGUGACUCCACUUCUAGCAAGGACUCUGCUCUCAGCCGGACAGGCUCUUUUAUAACCAAAGAGAAAAAGGACACGGUGCUACGGCAGGUGCGUUUGGACUCCUGUGACCUGCAGCCCAUCUUUGAUGAUAUGUUGCACAUUCUCAACCCUGAAGAGCUCCAUGUCAUCGAGGAGAUCCCGAUGGACGAGGACAAGCUGGACUGCUUGUUCGAGAUCGCGGGGGUAAAGAGUCAAGAAGCAAGCCAGACCUUGCUUGACUCUGUCUAUAGCCACUUGCCUGACCUCCUAUAGACCUCUAUAACAUCUUGCUCAUUGUCAGCUACAAAACCAUAGUGACAGACUCACAAAUGUGCUCUCAAUUCGUUACAUUGUCUCAUUCUGUCAGACGUGCACACAGUUUCAAAAUCUCUGGAAUGUUCAGACAUGAGUCUCUCUGCACUCUAAAAGACACUCAUUGCCCUAGCAUUGAUAUAGUGUGGAUGAAGUGUUCUCUUUAUAAUUUGGAGCAUAUUUUAUGUGUGCUCCUGAAUGGACAUAGAUGGUGUCAAUGCUAAAACCUCUCUAACAUGCAGCAUAUUCUUGCAAACACCUCAGCAUGAUGUCUAUCUCAAAAGCUAUAUAAUGUAAUUUAUGAACCAGUUCUGUAAAUUGUUAAAUCAAGCAUUCAGUCCUUUGGCAUCAUGUUCCUUUUUUAUAACACUUAUAAAUGAAUAAAUCCAAAUCAACAAGGUAUCUUUAUUCCUUUUGUUUAUUUUCAAUGCACAAGAAUUACAACUGUAGCUUUUUUUUUAGCUUUUGUUUUUAUUAUUAAAAUGUUCUGUUAUUUAAUUUGUGCUUUAUGUGAUUUCAAGGGCAUUGAAAAGUCAUUCCUACUGGUUAUGAUGCAAUUCAUGAUAUUGAUAAUGUGCAUUCAUUAUACUUUCCAUGCUUUUCCAAGAAAAGAGUUAAAAAUAAAAACAAGUCUGAUUGCUAAUUAAUUUUCAUUUCUGUGUAAUUUCACACAGGCUAAAGAGCCACCAAAAAUGUAAUUCCACAAUAUAAAAUGUAGCAUUACAGUAUUCAUGUUGCACAGAUGUUGAUAUGUGAGACAGACAGAAUGUAUGUUAAACUGUUCAAUCUAAUUAAGACACUCUGGUGCUAGAUGUGAAACUUAGGGAUUAAACUCAAUUGUAUCCCAGUAACAGGGUGUAUUUGGUCAUUUGACUUUUUAACUUUAAAAAUGUGGGUAAAUAAAUAUAGCUGCUGGUAUGUGUUCUCCUGGAGCUCCUGGAGAAGAGAGUCGGAUAAGCUGUUUGGAACCACAAAAGGACAAAAUCAUUUAGUCUCAGAAGUAGAAUUACUGGAGCAGAAGCUUAGAAAUAUGUAUUCUAAUGGCUGUUUUAGAAUGUAACACAUGUAACCAAGACAUUUACUGUUGUUAAUUAUCAUGUAACCUGAGAAAUUUACAAAUUAAAGUUAAACCUUUUUGUCAUGUUUUUUU